AUGGAUGCUUCCUCGAAAAAAGUAGAUAGGAUUCAUGGCCAUAGUGUUGCGGUCAAGAAAAUCGAUAAGAAUAAGAUGAUCCUUCCUAUAGCUAUUGAGGAUGUCAAUCAAGAAGUCAGGAUUUUAAAGGCCUUAAGUGGCCAUGAGAAUGUGGUUCAGUUCUUGGAAGAAAACUCAUAUGUUUAUAUAGCUAUGGAGUUAUGCGAGGGUGGUGAAUUACUGGAUAGAAUUUUAGCCAAAAAAUCUGGCCGUUAUACAGAAAAUGAUGCAGCAAGAGUUGUAAGACAGAUGCUAAAAGCUGCAGCUGAGUGUCACUUGCAUGGUUUGGUGCACCGUGACAUGAAACCAGAAAAUCUCCUUUUCAAGUCACCAAAAGAUGACUCAGCAUUGAAGGCUACUGAUUUUGGUCUCUCAGAAACAUGA